AUGAUCACCCUGGAGAGGCGAUACUCCUCUGGUCAAAUCCAACACGACUGGCAGCGGAGUUGGGUUUGCCAGAAACUGUAUUUCAAGCUGGCAGCUCAAGCGCUGCAACUCCACACGGGCGUCCUUCAAGGACGGGAAGCGGUUGUGGCCAUCGCAAAGGCGCUUGAAGAGGGUAGUCGCGCGAUAAUGUGCGCCUCAACCGGCAACACCAGUGCCUCUGCCGCAGCGUUCGGUGCUUACAGCGGCCUGCCCGCGCUCGUGAUCAUUCCGAGGGGCGAGGUCGCCAUGGGCAAGCUGGCCCAAGCCAUGGCUUACGGUGCCAAAAUAAUCAUGGUUAACGGUAAUUUCGAUACCGCCUUUCAACUGGUCCGCACUUUCACGAGCAAGCACGAGGUAACGCUGGUAAAUUCGGUGAAUCCCUAUCGCCUGGAAGGCCAGAAGACAGCUGCCUUCGAGAUAGUGGAUACCCUCGAGGACGCGCCUGACUACCUUUUCAUUCCAGUGGGCAACGCGGGCAACAUAACCGCCUACUGGAGGGGGUUCAAGGAAUACCAUGAAUUGGGGCGCAGCAAAACCCUGCCCAAAAUGAUGGGAUUCCAGGCGGAAGGCGCGGCUCCGAUCGUCCGUGGUGAGCCGGUAGCCAAUCCGCAGACCAUCGCCUCAGCGAUUCGCAUCGGCAACCCGGCCAGCUGGAAGGGAGCCCUGGAUGCACGCGACAGCUCUGGCGGCACCAUUGACAUGGUGUCCGACGAUGAAAUACUGGAGGCGUACCGGCUUCUGGCUUCCCACGAGGGUAUUUUCUGCGAGCCGGCAUCUGCGGCGUCGUUUGCCGGACUGGUCAAGCUGCACAAGCAAGGCCUGGACCUUUCGGAGAAGCGAGUAGUCUGCAUAUUUACCGGCUCAGGACUCAAGGACCCCGAUCUGGCCGUUUCCAGCGUUACUCCCCAUACCGUCGUCGUCGAGCCGACCCUUGAGGCUGUGGAGGCCGUCGCGCUUUCCUGA